CACAUGCAGACCAUGUACUUUCACGUGUGUCUCUGCGUGUAAACUACUGUUGGGGGUAUGACCAAAAUGUUCUAGUUGUGCGAUUACAGACCGAACAGCAAAGACAGUCGUUAGUACAGUGAUUUCUUUUUUGACUUUGAAGCGCCUCAUCGUGGAAUAUCAAAGCUGUUUUCGUUGAUCGUUUUGAAGCAUAUCUAAGGUAGCACCCAAAGCACCACAUCUCUGAAGAGACAAGAGGACCAGAUACAGAGUGAAGAGAGUGGGUUUGUUUGUUUUUGCUCUCACCCACAAUCUCUCAUCCCGUCUUCUGGAGCACUUGUGCCAAGACUGUUUCAUAAACAGAAAAUCAUCUCUUAUUUGCAUUACUUUGAGUGAAAAUUUUUCCUCAAGAUAAUUGCUGUCUUUUUGGAAAGGCAGCAUUCACAGUUUUUGGUCAUUUGCGAUAUUUUGUUUUUACUGCCAUUUGAAAAUCAGCGCUUUCUGAAAACCUUCAAAGAAGGGCUCACAGCACAAAACUCUUUAAUUGAUCCACUUUUUUUUUUUUUUUUUUGCUGGAGAAGCAAUGAAUUUCUCUCCUUAGUUCUUUAAACUACCAGCCAAUAACCAUGAUUCACCUGUGUAUAAAUAGUAGUCCCACUUAAAUUUAAGUUAUUCCUGUUUUCACCUUGGCUGACAUCUUAAUACAGCUGUUCCAGCCUCAUCCUACUCUAGUAUGAGUUAUGACAACUCAAAAUCAAUGCCCAGCAGCAGCACUCGGGGGCGAGUGGCAAGGGCCGAUAAGAAAGACAAUGAACAGGAAGCAGAGUCAGAAGGGUUAACCUCUCUGAAAACCAGCAGUGGUCAGCCCAGUGCCAGUGUCACCACUCAGGAGCAGGGAAGUGGAAAUGAAUGCGGCUCCAUUGGCAGCGCGUCUCCCAGUGUGGGGUCUGAAGGUUUGUCCCGAGAACGAAGGGGGCCCAACUCCGAUGAUAUGGAUGGACUCUCCAGUGGGAACGACUCUGGUGAGAGGGAAAGCGAGGGCGGGAUAGAGAGAGACAACGGGUCACGUGGGCACCAGUCCAUACGCAGCUCCCACAGCUCUUCAAACGGCAAAGACUCUGGCAUGCUGGAAACCACAGAGAGCAACAAGAGCUCCAACUCCCAGAGUCUCUCACCUCCCAGCAGCUCCCUGGCCUACAGCCUGCUGUCGACCAGCUCGGAGCAUGACCCCCCCUCCACUUCUGGCUGCAGCAGCAACCAGUCGGCGAGGGUCCAGACCCAGAAAGAGCUGAUGAAGGCCAUCAAGGAGCUGAAGCUCCGCCUACCAACGGAGCGCAAGGCCAAGGGCCACGGCAGCACGAUAAAUGCACUAAAAUACGCCCUUCAGUGUGUCAAACAAGUCAGAGCCAACAAGGAGUACUAUCAUCAGUGGAGCGUAGAGGAGUGUCAUGGCUGCAGUCUGGACUUGUCUGCCUUCACAAUUGAGGAGCUUGACAACAUCACAUCAGAAUACACCCUCAAAAACACUGACACUUUCUCCAUGGCCGUGUCAUUCUUGUCAGGGAAGAUCGUUUACGUAUCACCCCAGGGCUCGUCCCUGCUGCGCUGUAAGCCAGAGCGUCUCCAGGGGGCCAUGUUUUCCGAGCUUUUGGCCCCGCAGGACGUCAGCACUUUCUACAGCGGCACAGCACCCUGCCGCCUGCCAAACUGGGCCUCCUGCAUCGGGUUUGCUUCUCCUCCAGUCGAUUGCACUCAGGAGAAGUCCAUGUUCUGUCGAAUCAGUGCCGACCGGGCGCAGGGCGGCGAGUUGCGCUACUACCCCUUUCGCCUCACGCCCUACCAGCUCACCAUCAGAGACUCCGAUGAUGCUGAGCCACAGCCCUGCUGCCUGCUCAUCUCAGAGAGGGUCCACUCCGGAUACGAGGCUCCUCGUAUCCCUGCAGACAAGAGGAUCUUCACCACCAGUCACACUCCCAGCUGCCUCUUCCAGGAAGUUGAUGAGAGGGCAGUGCCACUGUUGGGCUACCUGCCUCAGGACUUGGUGGGAACCCCCACCCUGCUCUACAUCCACCCUGAAGACAGGCCUAUGAUGGUGGCAAUACAUGAGAAAAUCUUUCAGUUUGCCGGGCAGCCGUUCGACUCUUCACCCUUUAGGAUGUGUGCCCGCAGUGGGGAAUAUGUGACCAUCGACACCAGCUGGUCUUCCUUUGUCAACCCCUGGAGCCGGAAGGUGGCAUUCAUCGUAGGGCGCCACAAAGUCAGAACGAGCCCUCUGAAUGAAGACGUGUUUGCGACACCGCAGGGCUGCGACACUCUGACCACCACGCCUGACGUCGUGCAGCUGAGCGAGCAGAUCCACCGGCUCCUGGUGCAGCCGGUGCACAGCGGCAGCUCUCAGGGCUACAGCUCACUCGGGUCCAGUGGCUCCCGAGGCUCCCGCCAUUCACACCGACAGCACCUCAGUGCCGCCUCGUCCAGCGACAGCAACGGCCCCGCCAUGAACAAAGCUGCCGCCGCAGCCCCUUUGCACAAACCUAUGACGUUCCAGCAGAUCUGCAAAAAUGUCCACAUGGUCAAGACUAAUGGGCAGCAGGUUUUCAUCGAGUCCCGUAACCGGCUACCGCCCAGAAAAAUCACCACCUCAGGCCCAGCAAGCAUCAGAGCAUUCAGCAGUGACCCAAUCCGAGGUUUUAUAGCUGACGUGACAAUACCACCCAAAGCUUUGAUCCCUGCACCACUUGUACCAAAGGAGCCCCCGACUGGCUACUCCUACCAGCAGAUCAACUGUCUGGACAGCAUCAUAAGGUACUUGGAUAGCUGUAACAUUCCUAACACGGUUAAAAGGAAGUGUGGCUCCUACACUACCUCGUCCACGUCUGAUGACGACAAACAGCAGGAGGCCAGCAACAACACAGGUGGUUCAGUUAACCUUGUAAGUGAACCACCUCCUCUCCCUCCCCUGACCAUGGCCACAAAGGCAGAGAGUGUAGCCUCAGUCACGUCGCAGUGUAGCUUCAGCAGCACCAUCGUGCAUGUGGGAGACAAGAAGCCUCCUGAGUCAGACAUCAUCAUGGAGGAGGCCCCAACAACUCCCACUCUUGCUCCUCCUACAACUACAUCAACUCCUUCCACCAGCGGUCUGACACCUCCCGCUAACGCAGCAGUCACCUUUUCUCCUCUCCCUCCCCCGCCUCCUCCCCUCCAAGCCACUCAGCCCGAGAGGGAUAGCCGGAGAAGUGGAAGUGUAGGAGGAGGGGGGGGCCGGAUGGGUCUCACAAAGGAGGUGCUGUCCACCCACACCCAGCAGGAGGAGCAGGCAUUCCUUGACCGCUUCAAGGACCUCAGCAAGCUGCAUGUUUUCGAUCAGACGGUAUCUUCGACUCUGCGCUGUCAGACCGCAGCUGCCAACCCUCUGUCACGAGGAGUGCGUUGUUCUCGGGAUUACCCAGCCGCGGGAAGCAGCACCAGUCACAGACGUGGUCGUGGCGGUAAGAGACUCAAGCAGCAGGAGUCAUCGGACCAGCACAGCUCUUUGAACCGGAACGGGAGCCGGUGUGACCCCAGAACCAGCACAGCUCCCAUGCCCCUCAACAUGCCUAUCAGACCCCCAACAAACUCCUCCUCCUGGCCAUCUGUAGGCUCCCAGGCCAGCAUUCCCGCCGCCCCUUUUGCUCCGGGUAUGCUUCCGAUCUACCCAGUUUACCCGCCGCUCGCACAGCCCUUACCCGUCCCAGAUCCAUCACGUUUCCCACCUACCCAGAUGGUACCUCCAAUGAUGGCCCUGGUUCUGCCCAACUACAUGUUCCCCCAAAUGGGAGCAGCCAUCCCUCAUCCAGGCCCCACCCCCGGACACUUCUACAAUCCUAACUUCACAGAAGGAUACACUGUCACCCCAGCAGCUGUCCCCAACACCGUACCCAUUCCGGCCACCUGCGCCCCUUCUCGUAGCAGCACCCCCCAGUCCUACAGCCAGACACCUGCUGACCGUGAGGGUGCAGAGUCCCCCCUCUUCCAGUCCCGAUGCUCCUCACCUCUCAACCUGUUGCAGCUGGAGGAAUCCCCAAGCAACCGCUUAGAGGUGGCCACGGCCCUGGCAGCAUCACAGCAAGCCACGCCUUCUGUGCAGGGCAGUGCGGCUGCGGGACAGAGCUCAGCCAAUCAGAGGAGCUCUGAUGAUACCUCCAAGGAGAAUGAGAACGGUGAAGCUAACGAGUCCAACAAUGAUGCCAUGUCCACCUCCAGCGACCUGCUGGAUAUGUUGCUGCAGGAAGACUCCCGCUCAGGCACCGGCUCAGCCGCCUCUGGGUCAGGGUCCUCUGGCACGAGGUCCUCUGGUUCCGGCUCCGGCUCCAAUGGUUGUAGCUCCUCUGGCACCAGCGGCAUGAGCAGCAGCCAGGGCAGCCACACCAGCAAGUACUUUGGCAGUAUCGACUCAUCAGAGAACGAUCGUUCCCGCAAACAGCCAGCAGGGGGCAGCAGUAGUGCUGGAGGGGAUGGUGGGGAGGAGCAGUUUAUCAAGUGUGUCCUGCAGGACCCCAUCUGGCUGCUAAUGGCCAACACUGAUGACAAAGUCAUGAUGACCUAUCAGCUGCCUGUCAGAGACAUGGAGACUUUGCUGCGAGAAGACCGCGAGGCCUUGAGGAGCAUGCAGAAACACCAGCCACGCUUCACCGAGGACCAGAAGAGGGAGCUGAGCCAGGUGCACCCCUGGAUCCGCACGGGACGCCUGCCCCAAGCCAUCAACAUCUCCGGCUGUGCGGGCUGCAAGUCUCCCCCCUCCGUGCCUCCAGCCACUCCAUUCGAUGUGGAGAUCCACGACAUUGAGCUGUGCAGUGUGCUGAAAGCUCAGGAAGAGGGCGCCAGAAAGGACGAUAAAAAUCUGACCGAGACAGCCAUGGAUGAAACUCAGCCUGAAGAUGAUGAUGAUGAUGACGUCAAAGAAGAGAAAAGAACCAAACCACAAGACAGCAACCACGACAUGACAGCAGCAGAGCCAAGAGCGGCCUCAGAAGAUGUGAAAGAGAAGACUCACAUGACCCACUGAGUAGUUGGCCAAAGAUAAAGAACGUUUCUACGCUGAUAUUCAGAACAUGCGCACCUUCCAAGACCUCCUGUGCCAAAAAAACAUUACACAGGGUUUAAAGUUGUUAAAAUGGGAUUUGCCGGGACAUUAAAAAGAUGCAUAUUUAUCACGACAGCUUUGACGGGUCAGACGGGACACUUCACGAAGUCUGACUUUGAUGACAGCACGCCAGGCGUGGUGUAUGGCUGCGCAUUCAAUGCCUUGGAAAGCACAGGACACGCACACUCUGUUUUUAUAGAAGGAAUUAGUACGUCAAUGUCCUUGUUCUUGUAGUUCUCGGCAUAUUUAUUGAAGUUGUAAGAUAAUCAGAGAGGACUAAGGUGAAUGUGUUACAAAAAGGCGCCUUUACCUAAAGAUGGAUGUGCUUCACCACAGUGUCCUCCUUCAAGUUUCCCCUCCUGUUCAGGGUUCAGCUUACGAGGAAAAGAAGGGAGCUUAUGUGGGACUUUUCUCCUUGUGGAAUGUUGUCUGGGAUCAACUCGAUCCUGUUUCUCCCAAUUACUACAUUUUUGUUUUGUUUUGUUUUUUUUAUGUAAAAGGUUUGCCCGGAUUUAAAAAAUAAAAAUCUUUCACCCUAUAGACAAAAUGUACAGUUAGAAUCAUGUUAUUUUGUAAACAAUGUUAUAUUUUUUUACACAUGCAUCCACUGCAAACCAAGAGGAUAAAUUCCCCAAAGAGUGUCUACUGUCUACUGAAAAAUCCAGGAUUAAAAUCUUGUCCGCUAUGAAAGAAAAAACAAUCUGUUCACUGUCUUUUAAAGAAAGAUGGUGAUUCUCGUGACUUGAGGGUUGUACAGUUAAUCGUGGGGCAACGUGGCAAUCACCAGGAGACUAACAUGGACUUACAAGGUUUCUCCUUGGCCGGGUAUUAGUUUGUGCAUUGGUGUGGGCUCCCCACAGUGAAAAAAUGGACAAUGAUUCUCAGAAAUCACUGACAGUAGUUCCCAAACCUUCAGCGGAGGGAGAGGUCUUGUGUUUGCCUCUGUGGUAAGUGGAUUUAAACGAAGUGGACCUCUAAAAAGUCUAAAAGUGUUUACUCUCUUUUAUGCUCUGUCCCUUUCACUAUUCCUCUGUGGCACUGUUCUGGUCAUGUGAUAUCUUUUGCUUUAUGGUGUCAGUUUAUAAAUAUUUUUGUGAAAUUCUUUGUACGACAAAAUACAAUAAAAAUGACUUUAAUCAUUUAAA